UACUGACUUUUUAAUUUAUUCAACUCAGAGUAACUAUGGCUUAAAAGUGAUUGACCUAUUUGGUUAACAAUUAUUUAUGACUACUCCUUUAAAAUUUAUAAUUGUAUGGAGAAGUGUCAGAAUAGUUGCUGUUACUGCAGCUAUUUUAUGUCAAACAAUAUCGCUAUUUGUUUAAAUGAUGUUUGAACUGUGACUCUGAACAGAAAUUGUAGUUGAACUUUAGGCAUUACAUGCUGUUAUAUUCUGAAUUUUUCUCAUCUUACGCUUGUUCCAAUUUUUUCCCACUUAGUUAAAAGCUAUAACUGGCUGAAAGCUUUAAAGAUCACCUCUGCCCUUACCUUACACAAGGAAGUCAUUCUACAUGUAGCCAAGAUGUUGAUAGUUGAGUACAUAAUUGGGGUGUAGUUGGGUUCAGUGGUGGAAAUGGGAGAUAGUGGAAGGGUGGUGAGUUCAUGGAGGGGUGACUUUGGGAGGGAAACUGUCUUGAAGUUGAAGGCAGAAAACCACUCUUAUUACAGUACUACUCUAAAAUUAGACAUUAGUUACUGGUCCUGGAAAAAUAACCAGACUUUGUGUUGUGAUCCUCUUUUGAUAUUAUUCUAAUUGAAAUAGAAGUUGCCUGUAUUUUAAAAAGGUGAGGUUGAUUACACCCAUCAUCGAUCCUAGAUAGUCUAAUUUAAUCAGUGACAGUUGUAUUUCUUAUGAAAUGGAACAAUUCCAUAAUUUUAUCUAUAGUAUAGAUUUUGCAUGAAAGUCGAACUGAAAUAGAUAAAAGCUAAUCAAAAUUACUGUAGUUAAUCUAUGUUUUCACUAAAUAGCCUUCAAACAUUAAUUUUAAUGGGCCAACUUAGUUCUUGUUUUGAUUCUUGAGAUAUAUUUGAUUUGAAAUGAAGGAUCUAUCUAAAAUUGAAAAGUCUAUUCCUCAGACUUCAGGUAAUACUAGUGAUUUAUUUCUUACCAUUCCUAGAAUGGUCUUUAACGAGUGGUGCCAGGGUCAUGACUGCAAAGUUAAGUUCCAUCAGCAGAACAAAAUGAAUGGGGUUACAGAGGGAAAUAUUGUACAACAAUGUUAAUUCAGGUGAUUAAAAAGAUUAGAGUGUUACUUAACCCUGAUGAAACACCAUUAGGAAUCAACUUAUGUGCCCUCAUCUCAGAAUCAUUUUAGUUUUCACUCCUUCAUACAAUAUCAAUCAAAAGUUAUAGUGGGUUUUUAGUGGAGCAAGGUUUAUCCUCAAGUUCAAUAGCCUAUUGGCAUCUGAUAUAUGACCCUGAUCACUGAAAUAUUCCCAUAAAAAUUAAAAUGAAUUUUAAGUGAUGGAAGCAUUAUCCUUUAUAUGUUUUUUAUCUUGUUUUUUUUUUGGAUAGAUAUUAAGUCUGCAUUUUUCGUUUCAGGUUGUACAUAUAUGUUUGUGAAUAUUUAAAAUUAUACAUUUUUUUUGUCUAAGUUGAAGGAUGACUGUGCUGGAGAAUGGAAUUAUUUUUGUAUCUAAAUUAUUGAUAAACAAUUUCAGGUUUUGUAUUUUACAGAUUAUGUACUUUAACUUAACUGCUAAUUUAUAGGCUGUUUCCUAUACAAGCUAUGUAUCUAAAUUAGAAAAUUCCAUGUAACAAGGAUAAUUUUAUACUACAGUCUUCUCCAGGAACUGCAUUGAGGUUAAUUCUAACUACCAUUAGAAACCAUUAAAAAAUAAAAUUAUCCAUAGCUUUGUGGUACCUUUCCAUUCAAUGCCAGCAUGUUCAUCUUUCUUCCAUUUUUUGUGAAUUUUUAUAGUUGAACAUUUGUUUUAGUAUGAAUAAUUUGCUUAUAUUAUACACUAGAGCACGGAGAAUGAGAUUGCCAGUAUGAUUGAGAAAGAUCAGAAGCUGCAGGUAGUUGCUGAUUUUCCCAGCUCAAAGAACAGUAUUCAUGAAGAACUUCAGUUAGGAAACUCCCAAGCAUUGAGUCCAGAACACAAAGUGCACAUCCUACACAUGAUGCCCUCUACCUCCGCAUCAAGAGUUGAAGUGAUUCGAUUUACACCCCAGCAUCUUCCCAGCACAGAACAGAAAGUGAUUAUUGAGCAGGUUCCAUUUUUCUCCAUGUUGCCAGCCAGUCCUGAACAGCGAGUCAAGGUUCAGCGAGUUCCUCAGGAGUUAGUGUUCGGAACUGGACCAACUGCGCUUAAAGUUCAACAGUUACAACAGGUGCCAGUGCAGCCUGUUCAGCAUGUCUACUCGAACCAGGUGCAGUAUGUAGAAGGGGGUGAUGCCAGCUAUACAGGAAGCACAAUACGUUCAAACAACUACCCUUAUUCAGAAACUCAGCUGUACACCCAGAACACAGGCGGGAGUUACUAUGAAUCUCAGGGGACGCCAAACCAGGUUGCCACACCGGUGACUUCGCAGAACGUGGUCAGUAGUGGAACGGUGCCAAUGUAUGUCACGGGAGGGCAGAUUGUGGCCAAUCCAGGAGGAGGGACCUAUGUCAUCCAGGGAGGUUACAUGCUGGGGAGCUCCAGUCAGUCUUACAGUCACACCAUGCGUGCCUCUCCAGCCACAGUUCAGUGGUUGUUGGAUAACUAUGAAACAGCAGAAGGAGUGAGCUUGCCCCGAAGCACUUUGUACUGUCACUACCUUCUACACUGUCAGGAGCAGAAACUAGAGCCAGUGAAUGCUGCCUCAUUUGGCAAACUGAUACGAUCAGUAUUCAUGGGACUCCGGACCCGGAGACUUGGCACAAGGGGAAAUUCAAAGUAUCAUUAUUAUGGGCUUCGCAUUAAAGCAAACUCACCACUAAUUCGACUGAUAGAGGAUCAGCAGCACUUAGCCAUAAGGCAACAGCCAUUCACGCAGAAGCAGAGUCCGUUUUCUCCAUGUUACAGACUCAAGCCAAUCCAGAAGGUGGAAGGGAUGACAAAUGGUAUGGGAGUUGGGCAACAGCAGGCUAGUGGCCUGUCAGAUAUCAGUGCUCAGGUCCAACAGUAUCAACAGUUCUUGGAUGCCUCUCGGGCUCUACCAGAGUUUGUUGAAAUUGGCUUGCAGGGAAAGACAUUACCAGAUGGUAUCACUAUUGAACACAUCAAGGCUUUCCAGCACCUUUAUCGGGAGCACUGCGAGGCAAUAUUGGAUGUGAUGGUAAACCUACAGUUUACGUUAGUUGAAACGUUGUGGAAGACAUUUUGGCGAUACAAUUCUUCCCAGUCUAGUGAUGGCUCGGCACUAUCAGUUCAUGAUGAAGCUGAGAAACGUCUCCCUAAGUCAUGCCUUGUUGUACUUUGUAAGUAUGAGCCCUCCCUGAAGUGGACGAAAUACUGUGAUAACAUGCUUUAUCAAGGUCUUGUGGAGAUUCUUAUCCCAGAUGUCUUGCGGCCUAUCCCGAGUGCCUUGACUCAAGCAAUUCGGAAUUUUGCAAAAAGUUUGGAAAGUUGGUUAACCAAUGCUAUGAUGAAUGUGCCUGAAGAAAUGGUUCGUGUAAAGGUGGCAGCAGCAAGUGCCUUUGCACAGACUUUGAGACGCUACACGUCACUAAACCAUCUUGCUCAGGCAGCCCGUGCUGUACUACAGAAUACUGCACAGAUUAACCAGAUGCUGAGUGAUCUAAACCGAGUAGAUUUUGCAAAUGUUCAGGAACAGGCCUCAUGGGUGUGUCGUUGUGAGGAUGGUGUAGUGCAAAGGCUGGAGCAGGACUUUAAGAUGACUUUGCAGCAGCAGAACUCCCUGGAGCAAUGGGCAUCUUGGUUAGAUGGUGUGGUGACCCAGGUCCUCAAACCUUAUCAUGGUUGCCCCAGUUUUCCCAAAGCAGCCAAACAAUUCCUUCUCAAAUGGUCUUUCUACAGUUCAAUGGUGAUUCGGGAUUUGACUUUAAGGAGUGCAGCAAGUUUUGGGUCUUUUCAUCUCAUUCGCCUUCUAUAUGACGAAUACAUGUACUAUUUGAUAGAACACCGAGUGGCUCAGGCAAAAGGAGAAACACCCAUUGCUGUCAUGGGUGAGUUUGCUGAUCUUGGACGUGCUUUAAACCCUCUAGACCCUGACAAAGAUGAGGAAGAAGAGGAAGAAGAAAGUGAUGAUGACAGCCAGCAAGAAAUUCCAAUGGACAAUGAGCCCACAUUAGUUACAGACUCCAUGGAGCCACCAGCCAAAUUGUCACGGACAGACUCAAGAGGAGUGUUCGUCCAAGCACCACCAACCAACUGAAAAUAAAAUGUAGGAUGUAAAAGAAAAACUUUUGCUUGAGUUUAACAUCAUUAACUCCAUCCAUGGCAUCUGAUAGUCUCUGCAUAGAAAGUCAUUGUCUAUAAGUUAUCACAAAUCUCUACUAAAAUUAUUUUACUUCAACAUUUAUUUAUGAGUUGUAUUUAAGAAAUUUUUAAAAAUGUUUCACUAGGAGUAGAGUACAUCAGUAAAUGGCUGCUGUUACAUAAAUUACUAAUUUCAAAAACACUCAGAAUACAGAUUAUACAAAAGCUAAAACUUUACUGAGCUCAGUAUUUGCUGGUUGGGAACAUCAAUAACUUUGAACAAAACGAAAAGAAAAAUUCAAAAUUCCACACAAAUUAUAAAAGCAAACAUUGAGAUUCAUUCAAAACAAAUGAGAUGCACUUAGAAGUGCAUUCCCAAAUACUGAUCAAUUAUAGGAACCAGAGUGUUUGGUGUUUCUAAUACAUCCUUAGAAUAGAUUUUGAAAUCUCGUGGAUUGUUGGGUCAGUUUCCAUAGGUUGCUUCUAAUUGCAAGCUGCUUGAUUGCACAAGUAAUUUAAUCCAACUAAACUAAUCAACAGUAAACCUGCUGUCAGAUAAAAGAAGGUUGAACAGAGAACAGUUACUAAGACACAGCUCCUCCAUGAUUGAUGUACUUGCUGAUACUUUCAGAAUGCUGAACAGUCCUUUUGUAAGUCAAUCUAGGAGCAAGUCUUUUUAUUAUUUAUCACUGAUUUUUAAAUGCAUUUUGUUCAGUUUUAAAGUGCUGUGCAUCAGACUUGUUAAAAGACUCUGCAGAUUUCUUAUGGUAACCAGAUGGCUUGCAUAACAGAAAAACAGACUUCAAGGUUGCUUUUGUUUGACUUUCACACAGGUGAUUUCAUUAAUCUUUUUUUUACUUAUUUAUCUUCACCGUUCAUAGAAUAAUGCUGCAUCAAGUGAAAUCUCUCAAAAAGAUACAUGUUUUCACAUUGCUGCUUUGUCCUUUCAAUUUGAGACCCUUCUAAUGUAGCUUGGUUACUGCUGAUGAGCUUUAAGAAAUUACCCUUUGCAUAGAGCACAAUAAGGCAGUAUCUCAAAAUGGGAAAUAAUUGUUUAAACACAAAAAAAGAGAAAAAUCUGCAGAUGCUGGAAAUCAAAGUAAUACACAGAAAAUGCUGGAGGAAGUCAGCAUCUAUGGAAAAGAGUAAACUGUUGCCGUUUGGGCCAAGACCUUUUAUCAGGACUUAUGAAGGCCUCUACCUGAAACAUCGACUUUUAUUAUUUUCCAUAGCUGCUGCCUGACCUGCUGACUUGCUCCAGCAUCUUGUGAAUAAUUGUUUACAAUUGAUUUGCCUUCUGUUUUCUUACCUUUAUAUGAGAAAAUGCUUGUUUUUUUCCACUCAGCUAGCCAGAAAUUACCCCUUUUUUAUUUAAACAAAUGAUUUUAAAUUCGGUAAUAUCCCAUUACCUGGGUUGGUUGCAAUAAUACAAAAUAGGGAUAUCAGAGAACUAAAAGUUCAAAGUAAUCUGAAAGCUUUCAUUUUAUACAUUACUUGAGAAUAUGUAUCUAGAGAGAGAAGCUAUGGGGCAAAUUUUCUGAUAUUGUUAGGCAUGUUACAUACCUUAGAUUGCAAAUUAAAGCAUUUAUGGCACAUUUUAUCCACUGUACAGCCAGAGAGUAAUGUAAAAGGACAGGAGAGAGCAGAAAAUAAUCAGGGUGCCAUUGUGUUUGAUUGUAACUUUGCCAAUGACAUAAUUUAGAAGGUAAAUAGCAAAAUUUACACCAGUACCAAUUUACUGAUCUACUAAAAUAUGAUCAGGAGCUGCUGCAUGUACUAUUUUUUAGAUGUUAUUUCAUUUCUUUUAAAUUUUAUUAUAUUAUUAAUGGAAUUUCCAUAGUUGUAAUGAUUUGUUCUGUUCUGUAUGGCUAUCCCAUUGAACAUUGCUGUAAAAAAAAAGGAAUUGAGAAUUAGGUUGUUAGCUCUGCAUUCAGUUGCCUUCUUUGUCAUAGUAUGAUAACCUUUGCUCUGCUGGACUUAAGCUAUGUCCUGUAUAUCAAUUGUGAGUUUGUAGGCAAUUAUGAUAGACUUCAACUUUGUCUUCAACUUCAAUGAAAUAGAUUUAAUUUAAUAAAGAUUACUGGAUAGUAUUAGCUGAAUUUAUAUCAAUGGGAAACAUUAAAUUACCCACAAUAUAUAUUGAAGACUAUUACAACAAAGCAGAAUAACGGUAAGAGGUAUAAUUGGAGUUCAAGGCUACAAAUCUGAGCUUGCAAAGAAACUUCUUCAUAUGUUUGUCUGUGCCCGAAAUUUGGUUCAGCUUUUUUGGUGUGAUGAUUCAGCAAGUUGUCCUCUGUACUUGGAUACAUCCCAGUGAAUUGGGAAGCAAAAACAAAUGUAUUGCGAUGAGCUUUGAGCAUGUUGUUUACCUAGAUUCAUCGUUCAUUCAGAUCAUCGUAUGAUCUAUGAAGAAUGGCUAAAAUAGAUGCCAUGUUUUCAGUAUCUACUGAACUAUCCUUAUAGUUCAAAACAUUUGCUGUUUUUUAACAUUACAACCUAUUUGGAAGGAAACCAAAACACUUCUUUCUUCUUGCAAAUAGAACCAGAAAACGCUGUGAACACACAGCAGCAUCUGUAAAGCAGUUUUUGCUUUUGUAUAUCUGCCCAAUAUAUACCUGAUCCAGCAGACAUCCUCUUACUUGUUUACUUUGCAAGCUUUUUCAAAUCUCACCCUGCACUGCCAGGUCUUGUAGUUAAUGUUAUUUUAAAUAUAUUUUUGUUUCUUCAUCAAUGGAAAGGAAAUGAUCCCAGUCCCACAUUUUACAGUGACAUAGAACCUUCACAUACACUGUGCCUAGAUCAGUGCUUUAAGGACUAAAUUAUAGUAAAACUUGAUAGUUCUUAAAGAAAUGGAAAAUUUCAGGAGCAGCAAAAGAACUGUAACGUGUACUUGAAUCUUGAUGAACUUCUUAAGAAGAGAUUUUACUAUAGUUUGUAGCGAUGGUUCUUCUUAAAAUCCAUACAAAAUUUCAUUUUCUUAAAUUCACUUAUUCAUUUAUUUUUAUUCAGUUAUAGGGUGGGAUUGGAAUUUAAAUUGUGCUUUGUGUCAGUAUCAAGAUGUAAAACUUGGUUUUGGUAGCACUGUCCUAAAUUAGUUCUUGCAUUAUGAUGAAUCAAGAGAGUUAUUUGUUGUUUUACACAUUACUUUAGUAUUUUUUGCUGGUGUUAUUUUUAAUUGUGACCCUCUGGAUAUUAGUUGAGGAGGAUGAGCUUUGAGGGUUCAGGCUAUCUUAUAUUUCCUUACCUUCAUGUUAAUUGUCUUUUUAAUCAGCAUUUUGGUGGUCACAGAAACAUUGCCUUUUAUUUAAAGUAUGGUGUCCCUCCUCUUCUGACAGGUAACCAUCUGGUGAUGACAUUUUACAAGAUCCCUGCAGGAAUCCUAGAAGUCCUAGGUCUAGACCAAUUCUAUCAAAAGCGAAGGAUAGAUAGUGUUUUCGAUCUGCUUGAGAGAUUUUCACUCUGAGAGAGUGUCCUACUCAGAAUGGUUUAGUGGAGUGAACAACUUGUGGAAUGCUUAGAAGUUCUAAUGGACAGAGAAAACUCCAUUCAAGAAAAGGGAAAUAACAGGUUCAACCAAAAAAAAAAGGCUCAUUUGCCAUUUCUAUUUUAAAAUAGCUCUACCCACUAAAGGUUGUUUCAACCAAGCUGUUUUACUGAUUGAACAGGAGUAGAUUUGUGAUUUUCCAAGUAAUUGGAGUAACAUGUUGGUGGUGUAGAUAAGCUUCUGCAGUAUGCAACAAUACCCAAGAAAGGGCAGAAGAUGAAAUAACUUUCAAAGAACCCAGAAGACCUGGUUUGAAAAGGUCUAAUGAAAGGCAUGAGGUGCAGCCCUUUUCCAUUGCAGUUUCCCAGAAGCGAAGUAGGGUUACUGUCUUCCUUGGUGGCUCUAAAGGUAAACUUCAUUUGCUAUAUGAUUGCUAAAGUGGUCAGCACUUUUCAACUAGUACACUUUCAGUAAUCGGUUAUCAGUAAAACUGUCUUUUACUCUGAAGUAUAUUCUGUUAUGCUGACUCCAAACCAGCCAUAACUGUAACUGUCACUGCACACUUUCAUUAUCAAUGUGACUGCCCAGAAAUGAAAUUCCUCUUUGAGCUUUAAAAGACAACAACCCCAAAUUGGAAUAGUAGUAGUUGUCUUGUUUGGUAAUUAACUUAAUGCUAAUUAGAUCACUUUUAAUGUUGUUAUAGGUCUGUCAUUCAGAUAUCCCUUGUUCUGUGGAAAGAAAAACACGCUAGGUACAUUUGAGAACACAGGAGGAACAGCUAAGGUGUAUACAUCAAAAUAAUAGAUGGCCAUAGUUAUCAUUUAGUCCAAUGGUGACCAGUAACUGACAGCAAAGCAUACAGGGUAACCAAUUCAUGCACUGUCACUCCCUAGUCAAUUUGGGCUUGUGUUCCAAAACUGCUUUUACCAGACAUUAAGAUGUCUCCUAGUCAGCGAGAACUAGCAUUAAUAAUGGAGGAAGUUUGGCCAGGUGGCAGGAGAGGAGGCCUAAAUGUUUAAUUAUUCCAUAUUGUUGAGGAAAGGAUGAUCUUUCCUCUUGCUUUCUAAAUUCCAAUUUGACAGCCCAAACUAAACAAGUUGGACCAGGUAAUCACUGGUUACUCUGGGAUCUCAUACUUGCAGCUGGUGUAUGCCAACUGGUUGGUCAUAUCAGUUAAGACUUCCAUAGCCAGAGAAGGCCCUGUGUUCAAAAUUUAUGUAAAUUGAAUUUUGUAUCAGCAACAUUUUAGAAGUAAUAAAGUAGCAUUUUUUCUAGAAAGUGCUGAAACUGUUUAUAUCUUAAAACUCACAGAUUAAUUUGACAUUUCUUAAAGUGUAAUUAUACAACUAUAAUUGCAGUACCAACUAGAAAUACAAAUACAAUACAGUUAAGCUUGCACAUUAAGGAAAGCAGCUUUGAGUGACUCAUCUGGUCAAAAGGAAAUACCAUUUGUGAGUGAGCUGUUUGUGACUUGUAAAGUCAGCCUUGGACAGGUGUACUUUCUGUGAGCUGCAUUCGAACAAUAGCUGAAAAUGGUUUAAAACAACAUUAUAAGCAAAACAAGUGAAUAGGAGAAGCAAACACUCGACAUUGUACCUGACUAUUGUAAUGGGGUAAAAUCCUGCUUUUGAAUCAGAGAACCAUAACUCUUAAAUAUAUACAUUGGUAUGGUUAUUCCAUCACUUUAAUCAAGUGAUCAAAAAACUCAAAUUCUUUAACCUGAAAAAAUAGUGAACUAUAGAAUAGAAUGUAUUGUACAGAAUUGUCAUCUGGUUCAUGGUCCAUUGAUUUAUUCAGAUCUAAUGCCAGAUUAUUUUAAUAUUCCAUGUUCAUAAUUAUGCAAAUAGUAAUGCCUUUCCAAAUCCUUUUUCAGCUAAACAGCUAGGAUAGGACCAUAAUUACAAUCUAUAUACUUCAAGUCCACGGUUCUUUACAUAUUAUCUUGACCCAACAAUUGGCGUUCCCCUCCCAAUGAAACUGGCAGAAUUAAUUGUCUGGAGAUUGAAUUUGUAAGCACAAGGUUUGUAAAUGACCAAUGUGUGGAAUUUCUGUGGAACUGCUUCCACUUUGGCAAUGUAAUUUGGCUGAAUGUAGAAUGAAAUUAUAUAUUUGCAUACAAACAGGAUUUCUGAUUUACUUUCAACAAAGUUACAGUUGUAGAAUGAGGUAAACUCUGGGAGGAAAAAUAACCAAAUCUCGGUGUUGAUCCAUAAAAGAUAUCUCCUAAAUAUUGGACUCUAAUUAUACACCAUUAAAUUCAAGCAUUGUCUGUUCUUGGGCAAGUUUUAGUAUCUUCCAGUAACAUUUAUAUUUAGGGGAUUGUCGUAUGAAUCUAAAUUAUGAAUAAUUAUUUGAGAAAAGAACAUUGCUGCAUUUAUUCAUUUUUUGCUAUUUCUUACCAAUUUUGUAAAUCUUCAUUUUGUUCGUGAGAGGAAUCUUACCUCUGUUGUGAGGUGUGUAUUCUCUCAACUUUUUUCUGCACUGCAGAACUUAGCUGAUGCAUCAUAGUUCAAGUACAUUGGAGAAUGUCUAAAGAAUACAACCUCAAACUAAGAUAAGUGCCUCUGUCAAACCACUCGUAGACAUGUUUGUACAAAGAUGAUGCACAAGACUUGUUACUAUUCUCUCUUCACCAAUAAUAUGGCACCAAUACAUCAAAUUUAGUUUCCUUCGUAUCUUUCUGGCCAACAUGAUGAGUCUGACAGCAGAGUAGUUUGUUGCCUUUUGUUAACACUUAAUAUUAACUUAAAAUCAUUUGUAGGAUUUUUGUUUUACUUUUUCUUCCAAAUAAAGACUGUGUGAUGUGAUUAAUGUAUUUUGCAGUUAAUUGAGGCAUUUGUAAUAUAUUUGUUGUACCAGUUUGUAACUCAAAAUUACAUAUAGUUUUGAAAAACAAAACAAUCUGUGCUUUUGUACGUAAUUAUAAUCUUUAUUACACAUUGCAUUAAUAUUGGGUGAAUUGUGAGAAGAAAAUGAUUAUUUGAUAUAUUUGUUUCUGAACCAUUACGGCCUUAUAUGUUGGAACUUUAGUCUUGAGAUACAUCUGUGACAUAUAGUUGUACACCGUUCUGUAUCGAGAAAGUAAAUAUUGUAUUUUGUAUAAACAAGAAAUGCUUAGUUUUGUUGUAAACUGGGUACGUUGAUCAGCUUUGCUGAGCUAUGGACCCUGAGAGAAGGAAGCAGUGUUUGAGACUGCGUUGUUUAAUGUUGUAUUCAGCUUGGGGUGACAUGUAAGCAUUUGUAUGAGUGUUUUGUUUUGGUGCAAAAGCUGUUUUCUACUUUUUGUAGUGUUUCUUUUAAAUAAAAGAGCAGAUAUAACAA